UUCAUCAGGCCACAUUAGGAGGUGUCUUGUACCCCUUGCUGCCAGUGACUGGGACACAAUGGAUCACUCAGGGCCGGUAGACACCGAGGAUGAACUGGGACCGUCGGCCCAUCUUGUUCCAAGUCCUCAAAGUGAAGCCGUGGCUCACGAAUUCCAGGAGCUCUCCUUGCAAUCCAGUCAGCACUUACCCCCUCUGAAGGAAAGGAAGAACGUGCUCCAGCUGAGGCUGCAACAAAGGAGGACAAGAGAGCAACUCGUGGACCAGGGCAUCAUGCCACCCUUGAAGAGCCCAGCGGCAUUCCAUGAACAGAUAAAAAGCCUGGAGCGAGCCAGAACUGAAAACUUCUUGAAGCAUAAGAUUCGGAGCCGACCAGAUCGUUCCGAACUUGUGAGGAUGCAUAUUUUAGAAGAAACGUUUGCAGAGCCAUCCCUCCAGGCGACACAGAUGAAGCUGAAAAGAGCUCGACUAGCUGAUGAUCUGAAUGAAAAGAUUGCUCAAAGGCCGGGUCCUAUGGAACUGGUGGAGAAGAACAUCCUCCCUGUAGACUGCAGUGUUAAGGAAGCUAUUAUAGGCGUUGGGAAAGAGGACUACCCCCAAACACAGGGCGAUUUCUCAUUUGAUGAAGACAGCAGCGAUGCAUUGUCUCCAGACCAGCCGGCCAGCCAAGACUCACAGGGCUCAGCUGCGUCCCCAAGUGAGCCCAAAGUCAGUGAAUCCGCAUCUCCUGUGACUGCAAACCCUCCAGCCCAGUUUACGUCAGUGUCCCCAGCAGUUCCUGAGUUCUUGAAAACUUCUCCUGCGGAUCUGCCCCCCACCAGGUCCACAGCUCCUGCCCUCUCUGCAAACACUGUGUCUUCAGCGAAGCCUGGGCCAACACUGGUAAAGCAAAGCCAUCCCAAGAACCCAAAUGACAAACACCGGAGCAAAAAGUGCAAAGACCCCAAACCACGGGUGAAGAAGCUGAAAUACCACCAGUACAUUCCACCGGAUCAGAAAGGUGAGAAGAAUGAGCCGCAGAUGGAUUCCAAGUACGCCCGCCUGCUCCACCAGCAACAGCUGUUCCUGCAGCUGCAGAUCCUGAGCCAGCAGCAGCAACAACAACAACAACAACAACGCUACAACUACCAGACCAUCCUGCCUGCACCUCUCAAGCCACUCAAUGAUAAAAAUAACAACAGUGGAAAUCCAGCAUUGAACAGUACCACGCCCAGCACACCAAGACCCAACACAUCGGCCCCUGUGAGAAAGCCCGGGCCGCUGCCUUCCAGCCUGGAUGAUUUAAAGGUCUCAGAACUGAAGACAGAACUGAAGCUGAGGGGUCUGCCAGUGUCGGGCACCAAACCUGACCUCAUCGAGCGCCUGAAACCCUACCAAGAAAUGAGCAGCAGCAGUGUUGCCGCGGGCAGCAUUGUGGCAGUGUCUACCCCGGCCAUCAUCACCAGCAACCCAGAAGUCACCAUGGCCUUGCCGGUCACCACACUACACAACUCAGUGACUAGCUCAGCCUCCACAUUCAAGGCAGAACUGACAUCGGCCACAGCCAGCAAUGCAGCCCACGUCGAGAGCACCGGUUCCCCUCUGCCCAUCUCACCGUCUCCAUCCGACCAGUCCAGUCUCAGUACCGAGGACACAAACAUGGCAGACACAUUCACGGAGAUCAUGAACUUGAUGUCACCUUCGCAGUUCCUGUGCGCAUCGCCCUUGCGAGUGACAAGUACAGAGGAGAGUCUUAGUCCCACUGGCAGCACUCUGUCCAGUCUGGAGCUGGAUGCCGCGGAAAAGGACCGCAAGCUGCAAGAGAAGGAGAAGCAGAUCGAAGAGCUCAAGAAGAGACUGGAGCAAGAGCAGAAGCUGGUGGAAGUCCUGAAGAUGCAACUGGAGGUGGAAAAACGAGGGCAGCAGCUACAGCCUCCGCGGCCACCGGAAGGCCAGCCCAGCGGGCCAGCCAACCCUGCCCUUAAGUCAGAGCAGAAACCCGGCGGGGUGGUUCCUGCCGUCAAAGACGAGGCCUUAUUGGCCGACUGCUCCAGCUCUGGGCAACCCAUCCCCGUUGCCAGCCGUCCUGUGGGCCAGCCUGUGUCCACGAGUGGCCAGACCCUGCUGUCCAAGAAGGCUGUUGUUGUCAAGCAGGAGGUCCCGGUGGCCCCAGCAGGGCAGCAGAGCCUCGUGCCACGGCUGUUUACGCCGCCACAAGCAGUAACGCAGCCUCCAGCUCAGCUAGCUACUGCUGCCCUGUCCUCGGGCCUGGCCCAGCCAACACCUCAGCCACAAGACCCUUUCCCUCGGCAUGUGCUCAGCCAGCCACAGCGAGUCAGGAAGGUUUUCACAAACUCAGCACCGGCGACAGUUCUCCCGUACCAGAGACCACAUGCGCCAGCCGUCCAGCAGCCUUUCAUCACUAAGACGCCCAGCAGCCUUCUGCAAGCCAGAAACUCUCCCCUUCCCACAGUGCAGAACGGGCCGAGCACCCCCAGCAAGCCCAGUUCACCCCCACCGCCUCCACAGUUUGUUGUCCAGCACUCCCUGUUUGGGAACCCCGUCACCAAGACAAAAGACCCUCCACGCUAUGAGGAGGCCGUCAGACAGACUCGCAGUGCACAGUCCUCCCUCCCAGAGAUUUCCAAUGCGCACAGUCAGCAGAUGGACGACCUUUUUGAUAUCCUCAUUAAGAGUGGAGAGAUUUCGCUCCCUAUAAAAGAAGAACCUUCUCCAAUUUCCAAAAUGAGGCCAGUGACAGCCAGUAUCACCACAAUGCCAGUCAACACAGUGGUGUCCCGGCCUCCACCCCAAGUCCAGAUGGCACCACCAGUAUCACUAGGACCUGUGAGCAGUUUAUCCACCACUUUAGAGAACCAGCUUGAAGCUUUCUUAGAUGGAACUUUACCAUCAGCCAACGAGAUCCCCCCACUCCAAAGCAGCGGUGAGGACAGAGAGGCCUUCUCUCUGAUCGAGGACCUUCAGAGUGACCUGCUCCAUCACUCGAGCAUCCUGGACCACUCCCACUCCCCCAUGGAAACUUCCCAGGCCCAAUUUGCUGCUGGUCCUCCCUGCCUGUCGCUUGACCUCUCUGACCCCAACCUGGACAACAUGGAGUGGUUGGACAUCACCAUGCCUGCCACGUCGUCAGGACUGACGCCUCUCAGUGCCACGCCGAGUAUGUUCUCUGCUGACUUCCUGGACCCACAAGACCUGCCACUGCCCUGGGACUAG